AUGCUUUGUAAUGAUCUGGACAAUUACUUGGCUCCCAAGGAAAACUGUGUUCGCCAGCCACUAGGGGUCCAAAAGCAAGUUGCUAUGACAUUGUACUGGCUGUCAUCGACAACAGAGUACCGAACAAUUGGGAACUUGUUUGGGGUUGGAAAAUCAACCGUGUGUGAGUCUGUACACAAGGUUUGCAAUGCUAUUAAAGAUAAUCUUCUACAGAGAUAUGUUUCUUUUCCAUCUGGAGAGGACCUUAAAACUGUUAUAAAAGGAUACAACGAUCAAUGGGGAUUUCCAAAUUGUGGUGGAGCCAUUGAUGGAACACAUGUGCCAAUCAUUGCACCAGCUGAAGCACACGGAGACUACCUGAAUAGGAAAGGCUACUAUUCGUUGGUCAUGCAAGCUGUGUGCGACCAUAAGUAUAUUUUCCGGAAUAUAAAUAUUGGCUGGCCCGGACGAGUUCAUGAUGCUCGAAUUUUCGCCAACUCAGAUAUCUUGCACAUGGGUGAAAAUGGAACAUUGUUUCCUAACUGUGAUCUGAAGGUUCAGUUUCAAGGGCGCGAAAUAUCCAUGCCCAUUGUAUUGAUUGGUGAUCCUGCCUAUCCUCUAAAACCAUGGUUAAUGAAACCAUUUUCAAACAGGACUAACCUCCAUCGCCUUCAGCAUGACUUCAGUCAUCGAUUGAGCAGAGCCAGGAUGACAAUACAAAAUUCAUUUGGAAGACUGAAAGGUCGAUGGAAAUGUUUAUCAAAACGGCUAGAUGUAGAUGUCCAGUUCGCCUGUACAGUAAUAGCCACAUGUGUGGUUCUACACAACAUCUGCGAGCUAAGUAAUGAAAUAUACAGACCUGAAUGGAACGAAACCAACAAUGAAGAUAACGACAAUGAUGACGUCCUUGAGGAGGAUAUUGAUGCAACGGAGUAUCCAUCUGCUAAGCAGAUCCGUGAUGACCUUGUGCUUUGUUUUGCUAAUGACCUUCUUUGA